GCAGUGCUCUAUUUCGAAAUCCAUAGACUGAUUAUUUGGAAUUAAAUCGACGAACUGCGAACCACACGGCUGCUUCUCGGAGGAGGCAACUCCUCGGUCGGCUAGCGCGACUUUGGCCUGCAAUUCCAAAAUAAAAGUUGACUGCUUCCCUGAUUGUUUGGGAGAAUGGAAUGCAUCAGGAUUCCCCAGUUCAACUUUCUUCUUGAAGAGGAGGGAGGGACUCGGAUCUUGAGAACCUGAUGGCAGCGGCUCUCCUCUCAACCCCUACCCUGAAAACCUCUUUCCUUGGCCGUUGUCUUCACAGUUCAAUUCGAGGUGAUACGAGAAGAAGUAAGCUGGGCUAUGUGGGAUUCAUCUCCCCAAAAUGUGCAGUGGAUACGCCUUAUGAGGGUAGCAUUUCGAAAUUCCCUAGGUUGAAUGUCUGGGAUCCUUAUAAGCGGCUGGGGGUUAGUACUGAUGCUUCGGAAGAAGAAGUUUGGAGUGCUCGAAACUUUUUGUUGGACCAAUAUGCCAAUCAUGAAAGAAGUGCUGAAUCAAUAGAAGCUGCUUUCGAGAAAUUACUGAUGACCAGCUUCAAGAACAGGAAGAAGAUGAAGAUCAACUUGAAAAGCAGGCUAAAGAAGAAAGUUGAGGAAUCUCCACCAUGGGUGAAGAACUUGCUCAGCUUUGUUGAGAUUCCUCCCCCUGUGAUCAUUUUGAGACGGUUGUUCCUGUUUUCUUUCAUGGCAUGCUGGAGUGUGAUGAACUCUGCUGAAGCGGGACCCGCUUUCCAGGUGGCAUUAUCCCUUGGAGCUUGCAUUUACUUCCUCAACGACAAGAACAAAAGCUUGCCUAGAGCUGCCAUUAUUGGAUUCGGAGCUCUUGUGGGUGGGUGGCUUUGUGGGUCUAUAACGGUUCCACUCAUUCCUUCAUUUUUGUUGCAGCCCACUUGGAGUCUUGAGCUUCUUACGUCAUUGGUAGUAUAUGUAUUCUUGUUCCUUGCCUGUAGUUUCCUCAAGUGAACACUUUUUACAAGAGAAACUCCAUUUCGCUUCAUAUGCAUUUUUCUGCAUAAUCAUUAUACGUA